GGCUUAGGUAUUAUCUUAACAGAACGGACUCUUGCGGACUAAGUACAUAAACACAGCACGUCAUUAUGAAGGAGUGGUUGAGAAUUUCGUGCCUAUUGUGCAUAUGUGGCUUCGUACGCGAGAUUCGUCCUUCCGAGCCAUAUAUAACGGAGUAUUUGCUAGGUGGUGCCCGAAAUCUUACACAGGACGAGCUUAGCCGUGAAGUUUAUCCUGUUGCAACCUACUCGUACCUGUCGACACUUGUGGUAAUGUUUCUCAUCACGGAUUUUCUUAGAUACAAGCCCUUGAUCAUUGUAAUGGGUGCUUGUGGCACUGUGGUGUUUUCUAUGUUGCUCUGGACCAAAUCAAUUGCCGCACUACAAACACUUGAGUUUUUCUACGGUCUUUAUAUGGCCACUGAAGUGGCUUAUUACACUUAUAUUUACGCCAAAGUAGAUAAACAGUAUUAUCCCAAGGUCACCGCCCACACACGAGCCGCUAUGUUUUCGGGCAAGCUAGUCGGUGGCUCUUCCGCACAGAUCCUAAUUAAUUUGAAACUAAUGACCUAUAAAUCUUUGAAUUACAUAACAUUAAGCACUCAAAUUUUUACCAUGUUGUGGGCCUUCACUUUGCCAAAAGUCGACAAAAGCUUAUAUUUUCACCGAAAGAAUUAUUUCGAUAAUGCACAGUCAACGUCGGUUGUAGGUUCCUCAUCAACGGAUUUGCAGGACACAAAGUCAAUUAAAAGUGGAAUCAGUGAAAAUAUAACCCCAACCGAACCAUUUAAGUUGCUCUGGUCACAUUUCUACAAUGCCUAUAGCAAUUUGAAGGUGGUUCAAUGGAGUAUUUGGUAUGCAGUUAAUUUGGCUGGCUACUUGCAAAUCAUUUCAUAUAUGCAAGUGUUGUGGAUAGAAAUUGAACCGCAUUCGGAAAUCGCUUGGAACGGUGCAGUAGAUGCUGUAUUGACUGCGUUGGCGGCGCUGAUGGCUUUGGCAGCUGGUUAUAUACAUGCCGGACGUUUGAAACCACUGCAGAGUUUAUUGGUCUUAUCCAUUUUUGCGGCACUUGAGGGCGGUGCAAUUUUGCUCUGCUGUCGCACAUCUAAUAUUUAUGUUUCUUAUGUUGGUUUUAUUCUUUUUGGAGCAUUAUAUGCCUUUAGCAUAACAGUUGCCAGCUCCGAGGUGGCACGUCACUUGGAAGAGGAAAGUUUUGGAUUAGUUUUUGGAGUUAAUACAUUUUUGGCGCUCGUAAUCCAAACGCUGCUAACGAUAAUAAUUGUCUCAAACACUGGUUUUGUUUUGAACACACGCGGUCAGUAUACUGUGUAUGCAUUUUACUUCAUUACGGCGAGCGUCAUCACCUUAUUUUUUGUGGCUGUGGAAUACUUAGUAAGCAGAAAAUCAGAAAAUCGCACAAAUUUAGUUGUAGAGUAGUUUAAGUGAUUGUUACUAAAUAAAAUAUAGGCAAAUAUUUAUGAAAAAAGUUGGCAUUGUUUACAUCUUUACAGUAGACUUUUAAAUAAAGUGAGGGGCUUCCCUUCCCUAAUAGUA